AUGAUAGACAAUGAAGAUAAAUCCAUUAUGAAAGUCGAACGCAUGGUUAUCGAUGAGGAGGAGGAGACGAAAAUAGGCGACCAGUUCGGGUUCAAAACCCAACGCGAAGAUGAAGGAAAGGGAUCCAAGCAAGAUUGUUCGUUGAAAUCUUACUUCCAUGAUAAUGGCAAUAAUCCAAGCUCAUCGACCAGCAAGAGAGCCGGGAACCGCCGCGAACGAGCCGGAACGACCAAGAAGGGGCAGUCGUCGGCGUCGAAUCCGUAUGAAUUAUACUAUUAUUCAAGGUUCAGGCCGUCGUGGAGGAGGAGGAGAGGCGGCAACGAAAUAAGGGAGAAUAUUAUUGUCGAGGGUAAAGAUGUUGAAAACAACAGCAACGCUGUCACCACUCAAAACAACAAUACGACGUCGUCGUCGUCUUUUACGCAAUUUGAUUAUGACGAUGAUGAGGAGAAUGACGAGGAUAGCGGUGGCAAGAAACAGAUGAGGAAGCCUAUUAAAGCAAGAUCGUUGAAGUCCCUAAUGUGA